AGAACGGCCACGGCCAUAAGCCCAGCCCACCACCUUGGGGAGACCUGGAGAGCGGCAGGGGGAGGAUAUGCCUUCCUGCCAGCCACCAGUGGGUGGCAGAACCUGCCCGGCCCCCGCGUCCCAGCAGCCGGGACUGAGAAGGGUGGGCUGGUGUGUCCGAUUCCAUGUUCGCGCUCACGCGGGCCGUGUCUCUCUCUCUAAGCCUGCCUGCUUUGCGCCAUGGGCGGACCCCUGGCCUUACUGGCCGCGCUCUGGGCGCUAGGGGCUGCUGGAGACGCGGCGCUGCGCAUCGGAGCUUUCAACAUCCGGAGCUUCGGCGACAGCAAAGUGUCGGACCCGGCCUGCAGCGGCAUCAUCGCGCAAAUCCUGGCAGGCUAUGACAUCACGCUGGUGCAGGAGGUGCGGGACUCCGACCUGAGCGCAGUAUUCGCGCUCAUGGAGCUGAUCAACAGCGUGUCCAGGCACGAGUACAGCUUCGUGAGCAGUGAGCCCUUGGGUCGGGACCAGUAUAAGGAAACGUACCUGUUCGUCUACAGGAAGGACGCGGUGUCGGUCGUGGACACGUACCAGUACCUGGACCCAGAGGACGCCUUCAGUCGUGAACCUUUUGUGGUCAAGUUCUCGGCACCCGGGUCAGGUGAGCCCCGCCCGUCCCGCAGGUCCCGUCCCAGCCCCUGACAUCUACCUCCUCCCGCAGCUGCCGAGGAGUUAGUGUUGAUUCCGCUGCACGCGUCGCCGCACCAAGCCGUGGCCGAGAUCGACGCACUCUACGAUGUGUACCUGGACGUGAUAGACAAGUGGGGCACCGACGACAUGCUGUUUCUGGGCGACUUUAACGCCGACUGCAGCUACGUGCAGGCUCAGGACUGGCCAGCCAUCCGCCUGCGCAGCAGCGAGGUCUUCAAGUGGCUCAUCCCGGACAGCGCCGACACCACGGUGGGCAAGUCAGACUGUGCCUACGACCGCAUCGUGGUCUGUGGUGCCCGCCUGCACAGCAGCCUGAAGCCCCAGUCGGCCGCUGUACACAACUUCCAGGAGGAAUUCGGCCUGUACCAGGCUCAGGCCCUGGCCAUAAGUGACCAUUUUCCUGUGGAGGUGACCCUCAAGUCCCACUGACAGCCCUGAAGCCUGGCUAGGGCAGGCUGCCUGCAGACUCUGGCCACAAGGAGGAAGCCCCACGGGGCUGCAGGGUAGGGUCUGCUGGGCCUGGACAAGUGAUGGGACUACUCGGAGCCUGUUUCCCCAUCGUGAAGUGGGCUGCCACCACUACCUCAUACGGUUGUGAGAAGCACCUCGUAGAGAACUGGGCACACAGCUGAGCUCAGUAAACAGCGAACACUCAGCCAGGACCACACACACCUGUUGGCUCCGACGCCUUCAUGUCCUUUCUUAGGUCUCAGCUCUUCUGGGGCACAAACCUUCGUCCUGCAGCCCAGCAGGUCCCUGGUCCCAGCCCACUUAGGGGACAGGGACAGCCUGGGCUGCCCAUUCUACAUCCUGCUGGGAACUGACCACCUCCAGACCAGGCUGGCUCCAGAAGGCAGCUCCAGUGCUCACUGGCUGAAGCUCCCUGCUGUUUUUUUGUGCAAACUAAGUGCUUUCAAGCACCCGUACUGAGUGCAGCUGGGGGUAAGUGCUCACACACAGGUAGGGUGGAUGUGCAAGGCCAACCUCCCAGCCUUCAGUGUUCCUCCUAUGGCCCCGGUUCCCAGGUCUGCAGGCAACUCACAGGCACUCGUGUAUGAGGGUCCUUUCCUACCCAGCACUGCAGUUGGCGGGGGGGAGGUCAAGAAGGCUGGCCCCCUGCAACCAGCCGGCUGGCGGCACUGGGACAUGUUGAGAGCCUCCUCCCUGGUGAGCAGGCAGGUUGGGUUAAGGUCCUGUCCACAGAACCUGAACAGCUCACAGCGGUACAGCUCCUUCAAAGGUGCCUUCCUGGUAGCUUCUUCCUCAGGAGCCCUGGGCUGGGCAAGGACUCAGCAGGGAGGACAGUGGCCUGCACCCUGAGUAAACCCAUCACCUGAGGAUUGGGAACAAGCAGAACUGGGGUAUACAGUGUAACUGACAGGGGCCUGAUGAGGUUUCUGGUUUUCGAAGCGUCUCACCUUUGGCAGGAUUUAACUGGCCUGAAUUGUAUGGGAGGGAAAAACCUUUGUUUCAAGAAUUUGAACAAGCUUUUCUUGCUGGAUCUUUCUAAAGUCAGAUUUAGGACACUUGUAAUGUAAAAUGCCUCCCUCCUCCCUCUCCAAGUCACCCCAUUUCUCUGAAAUUUAUACAGGCUUUCCAUCCAAACAAAAAAACAUGGCGGCCCAAGGGCUUUUCUCUUUUCCUUUUCUUGUGUGGCUUGCCAGGGCCCACAACUACCUGGCCUUAUGCCUCCAGCAGUCAGGCAUCCCACCAGCCAGGGAUGGGAAACUCAAGGACUUUAUUCUGCUCUGGGAGAGGAGACACUCAACGGUGACAUCGUUGAAGUCCAGAAGGGUGCCACCUACCAGUUUAUGAUUCCCAAAUCAAGACACUGCUUGCCAGCUGUGCCCAUCUGCCCACCCACCAGGCACAAAGGGUACUCGUGAGUGGUAACAGGCCUUGGGACUAUGGCUACAAGGAACAGGCCUUUUAGGGAGAUGAGCAAAACAAAGAGCUAAAAGUACUUUUAAAUCGGAAAACGCCUUCUUUAAAUCCCUUGUAACCAUAGGGCCCCCAGAAGGGUGCACACGGCUAAAAACCCUGCUUGGGCAGCCCAGCCCUUAGCCUUUCUUUUGUUUGAGCUUUUCUAAGUACAUCUGCAGGGACUUCUGGAUGGAGUCUCUGGAAAUGAAACUGACAAAGUUCUGGAUGUCCGCGUCGCGCUGCUUCACCAGGCGGUCUACCGUGGUCUUUCGCAUCAUGUUCUUGGUCAGCUGUCGAGCGUGAUCUAAAGAAGAUGGGUCCCACCUGUGAAAACCCAUGCUCUGCUCCGGGACAGUGGUAUUCCCAAGCUUUCCAAGAGAGUUCCAACUGAAACUCCGGUAGAAAACUUAGAAAAUUCAAGUGAGCAAAGAGAAGAAAAUGAAAGCCACCUGUUCCCUACUGUCCAUCGAUUUCCUUUAAAAUCAUACAGGACGAUAUUGUGAAAGUUGCCUUUUUAACCUGUUAUUUUCCCUUAACUAUAUCGUCGGCAAUAUUUUCCAUGUCACUAAAUACUCUUUUACAACAUAAUUAAUGGCUGCACGGUAUUCAGGCAUUUGUCUGUGUCAGGCAUCGGCAAACCUGGCCCCCCAGAGCUCAAGAGCCAAGAAUGGUAUUUACAUUUUUAUAUAGAUGGAAAAAAUUUUAAAAGGGUAAUAUUUUGUG